AUGAACGUGCAGUCCAGUCUCAACGGGCUGGACAACGUGUGGAUCGUGAAGCCAGCGGGCAAGUCGAGAGGACGGGACAUCAUCUGCGCCAACCGCAUCAACCGCAUCCUCGAGUACAUCGGCUUCGGCAUCUCCGGGAAGGAGAUGCACUGGGUGGUGCAAAAGUACCUCGAGCGACCUUUCCUCAUCAACAGGCGCAAGUUUGACAUCCGUCAGUGGGUCAUGGUCACCGACUGGAAUCCUCUGACGGUCUGGUUCUACGACGAGUGCUACCUUCGCUUCAGCAUGUCAGACUUCUCCAUGAAGGACCUGGAGGACAACUACACGCACCUGUGCAACAACAGCAUCCAGAAGGAGGGAGAGAACUUUGAGCAGGUCAAGAACAGCUCCAUGUGGGACCUCGACUCGUUCAAGUCCUUCCUCCUCUCCCACAAUCAGCAGGAGGCCUGGGAGGAGAAGAUCCUGCCGCAGAUGAAGAGGAUCUCCAAGUGGGCCCUCAUGUGUGCGCAGGACAUGCUGGAAAACCGCAAGUUCUCGUGCGAGGUCUACGGGUACGACUUCAUCCUCGACGAACAGCUCAACGUCUGGCUGCUCGAGGUGAACGCCAGCCCGGACAUGUCGGCGAGCACGCACGUGACGGAGAGGCUGACGGAGAGAGUGAUGGAGGACAUGAUCAGAGUCAUA